CGUAGUCGUUUUGGUGGGCAGUGAGCGUGAAGAUCGCGUCCUUAGGGUUUUCUUUACUGCGAGUAGUACUGGAAAACUGAUUCGCCUCAUCUCUUUGCGCAUUAGUUUAAUCAAACUUCCACGAUUAGCAAAAACGUAUCAAAUCUGGUGUAUCAUCAUCGUCAUCUCCUUUUUUUAAAUCCACUGGUGUGUUGAGCGGAAGGGCGAUUGAGGAGGUGGAAGAGGAGACGGUUUCCGAUUGCAAAUGCCGGAGGAGGAUUUGGUAGAGCUCAAGUUUCGGUUGUACGAUGGAUCGGAUAUUGGUCCGUUUCGGUAUUCCCCCGCUUCUACUGUAGCUAUGCUUAAGGAGAGAAUCGUUGCCGAAUGGCCUAAAGAUAAAAAAAUUGCACCCAAGGCAGCAAAUGAUGUAAAAUUGAUCAGCGCUGGGAAAAUUUUAGAAAACAGCAAGACUGUUGGUCAGUGCAAGAUGCCUUUUGGAGAGCUACCUAAAGGUGUAAUUACCAUGCAUGCUGUUGUACAGCCAUCUGUAGCUAAAGCAAAAUCAGAAAAGAAGAUCGAGGAGGCUCCAAAGAAAAACAUGUGUUCGUGCUCGAUAUUGUGAAUGAGAUUUGUUGGUGUGGGGAUUGUGAAUCAAGUAUUCCUCAAAGAAACAAUAAUCUGUAAACAGUAUUAUACCUUAUUAUAUAUAUAAUAUAUAUAUGACCUACACAUUCUGUACCAACAUAAACGUGUGUAGUUAGUUGGCGUGGGAAAGGAUUUUUGCCUAAUCUCUUCUCUCCCAAUUUAAUUGCAAUGCUAGGCUGCCAUAUGUUUCACUGCUUCAAAUUUUUACGAUAGGUGAAAAGACACUGGAGACUGUAUUAUUGUUAUUAACCCAAAGAAAAGAAAAUUAUUAGGAA